AUGGCGGGUCAUGCGGCGGCGGGGGUGUGCGCGGCGCCGAUGCAGGCGACGUCGCACGGCGCGUUCCAGGGCGACAACCCGCUGGACUACGCGCUGCCGCUGGCCAUCCUGCAGAUCUGCCUCGUCGUCGUCGUCACCCGGGGCCUCGCCUACCUCCUCCGCCCGCUCCGCCAGCCGCGCGUCAUCGCCGAGAUCAUCUGUAGCCAGCCAGCCGAUGCUGAUUCGGGAGUAGUAGUCAAAGACACCAGCAGUGAGAAAUGUGGAACAAGCAAGGGUGGAGUCCUGCUGGGCCCGUCGGCGUUGGGCCGGAGCAGCAAGUUCUUGCACGCCGUCUUCCCGGCCAAGAGCCUGCCGGUGCUGGACACGCUGGCCAACCUCGGCUUGCUCUUCUUCCUGUUCCUCGUCGGCCUCGAGCUCGACAUCGCCGCCAUCCGCCGCACCGGCAAGAAGGCCCUCGCCAUCGCGCUCGCUGGCAUCUCCGUCCCGUUCGCGCUCGGCAUCGGCACGUCGUUCGCCUUCCGCGCCACCAUCGUCAAGGGCGCUCCACAGGCACCGUUCCUCGUCUUCAUGGGUGUCGCGCUCUCCAUCACCGCCUUCCCGGUGCUCGCUCGCAUCCUGGCCGAGCUGAAGCUUCUCACCACCGACAUCGGCCGCAUGGCCAUGUCCGCAGCGGCGGUCAAUGACGUCGCCGCCUGGAUCCUGUUGGCCCUCGCUGUUGCACUCUCUGGAGACGGCUCGCCGAUCAUCUCGCUCUGGGUGCUCCUCACAGCUACCGGCUUUGUCAUCGCCGUUUGCGUUCUCCUCCGGCCGUUGUUGGCGUGGAUGGCGCACCGGUCUCCCGAGGGUGAGCCGGUCAAGGAGGUGUACAUUUGUGCCACCCUCGCCAUCGUCCUCGCUGCCGGCUUCGUCACCGAUGUCAUCGGCAUCCACGCGCUGUUCGGGGCGUUCAUGGUCGGCAUCGUCGUCCCCAAGGACGGGCCGUUUGCCGGCGUGCUCAUCGAGAAGGUUGAGGACCUCAUCUCGGGGCUCUUCCUCCCGCUCUACUUCGUCUCCAGUGGCCUCAAGACGGACGUGGCCACUAUCCGGGGAGCCAAGUCGUGGGGCCUAUUAGUGCUCGUCAUCCUCAACGCCUGCCUCGGCAAGAUCGGCGGCACUGUGCUCGCGUCACUGAUCGUCAAGAUCCCCGUCAGGGAGGCGGUCGCGCUGGGGUUCCUGAUGAACACCAAGGGGCUCGUGGAGCUCAUCGUCCUCAACAUCGGCAGGGACCGCAAGGUGCUCAACGACGAGUCCUUCGCCAUCAUGGUGCUCAUGGCCCUAUUCACCACCUUCAUCACGACGCCGAUCGUCAUGGCCAUCUACAAGCCCGCGCGGCCGUCGGCGCCGUACAAGCGCCGCACCGUGGAGGGCGGCGCACCGGCGGACGCGGACAGCGAGCUGCGCGUGCUCGCCUGCUUCCACAGCAACCGCAACAUCCCGACGCUGCUCAACCUCGUGGAGUCGACCCGGGGCACGGGGCGGCACCGCCUCGCCAUGUACGCCAUGCACCUGGUGGAGCUCUCGGAGCGGUCGUCGGCCAUCUCCAUGGUGCACCGCACGCGCCGCAACGCCAUGCCCUUUUUCAACAGCGGGGACAAGACGGAGCAGAUGGUGGUGGCCUUCGAGGCGUUCCAGCAGCUGAGUGCCGUGAGGGUGAAGCCCAUGACGGCCAUCUCGGACCUCGAGACCAUCCACCGGGACGUCAUCGACAGCGCCGCUGAGAAGCGGGCGGCCUCGCUCGGCUCCCAGUACCACGCCGUCAACAAGCGCGUGCUCCGGGGCGCGCCAUGCUCCGUCGCCAUCCUCGUCGACCGCGGGCUCGGCGGCCACUCCCAGGUCGCCGCCAAGAACGUGGAGUUCUCUGUGGCCAUGCUCUUCUUCGGCGGGGCGGACGACUGUGAGGCGCUGGCGUACGCGACGCGCAUGUCGGAGCACCCUGGCGUCGCUGUGACUGUGACACGCUUCCGGCCCAGCCGCCCAUCGUCCGGCGACGCAGCCGACGAGGCGGCCAUGGAGGCGUUCAAGGGCAAGGUCGAGGCCGUGAAGGACGGGUCGGCGAUGUACGAGGACGUAGAGGCGUCGGCCAAGGAGGAGGUGCUCCAGGCGAUCAACUCGCUGUCCAAGUCCAACAUGUUCGUGGUGGGGAGGAUGCCGCUGACGGAGCCGCUGGUGGAGAGGCCCGAGGAGCUGGGCCCCGUGGGGAGCUACCUGGCGUCGUCGGAGUUCAAGACAUCGGCGUCCGUGCUGGUGAUCAAGAGGUACGACCCGGCGACGAACCCGGCCAGCAAGAGGUUCGACCCCAAGGCGAGGCCGCCGGUGGCGACGGACGUGGAGGACGUGGAGAUGGGCGGCGCCGGUGGCAGCGCGAGCGUGGUGCCCGUGCCGUGGACGCCGCAGAACGACCUCGCAUGA